AUGUCUUCUGAAAAAUACCCUUUACAUCAUGCUUGUAUGGAAAAUAAAUUUGAUACUGCUAAAGAAUUAAUAAAAGAAAACCCUGAAUUAUUACUUACAAGAGAUGAUGACGAUCGUUUACCUAUCCAUUGGGCUGUAUCUAUGAGUUCAACAGAUAUAGUACAUUUGUUAUUGGACAGUUUUCCUCCCAAGGCACCUGAAAUGUUCCUGUGCAAGGAUGAAGGUGGUUGGACUCCAUAUCAUAUUUGUUCAUCUAUUGGCUCAGUAGAAAUAUUGAAAAAGUUGGAAGCUUUUGAUGUUGAAAAUGGACAUAAAGUAGACUGGGAUAUACAGACUAAACAAGGUAUGACUUGCUUGCAUUUAGCCAUUAGCAAAAAACACGAUGCCGUCGUUACUUAUCUUCUAAGAAACGGUGAAUCUGUUCGUAUUCCUGACAAGACAGGCAAACUACCAUUACAUAGAGCAGCUGCCCUAGGAAAUAUAGAAUUAGCCCGUAUAUUGAUUAAACAUAAUUCACCAGUAAAUAAAAAAGAUUCUUGGAAUGUAACACCCAUAGAACAAGCGUUGUUAGCAGGCCAUAUAAAGUUUGCCUUAGAUAUGGUACAUGAAUUUGACGCUGAUUAUGAAGAGAUCGAUUGGAAAGAUAUACACGCUGAUGUCAAGAAAAAUUUUCUAGAAAAUGUGUAA